AUGCAACAUCAGUAUGUCCAUUCUGAGCAAAAACCUUAUAAAUGCAACAUAUGUGACAAGAGUUUUACCCAGAAAAGUGCUUUGGCACAUCAUCAGAGCAUCCACAGUGGGCAGAAACCAUAUAAAUGUGCCACGUGUGGCAAGGGUUUUACACAGAUCGGCAGCAUGAGACGACACCAGUAUGUCCACUCUGAGCAGAAACUCUGUAAAUGCACCAUGUGUAACAAGAGCUUUAGACAGAAGAAUGCUGUGAUAAGUCAUCAGAGCGCUGUGAUAAGUCAUCAGAGCAUCCAUAUGGGGCAGACACCAUAUAGGUGUGUAUGUGACAAGGGUUUUGUAAAGAGAACUGACGUGGUACAACAUGAGUAUGUACAUGCUGAAGAAAAAUCAUGUCAGUAUGUUGUAUGCGACAAGGACUUCACACCAAGGGAUGAUGUGAUGCUACAUCACUAUGCUAUAUCUGACGGGAAUUUUGCACAGACGAGUAACACGAUAUUGCAUCAGAUAUCCCAUAGUGGGCAAAAGCCCUAUAAGGACACCAUGUCUGACAACAGAUUUAAUUACAAGGAGUUAGUGACAAAGCAUCAGACCAUCCACACUGGACAAAAACCAUAUCAAUGUGCCACAUGUGGCAAGGGUUUUACUCAGAAGGGUAAAUUAAGGCAACAUCAGUAUGUCCAUUCUGAGCAAAAGCCUUGUAAAUGCACCAUGUGUGACAAGAGUUUUACACAGAAAACUGCUUUGGUAAGUCAUCAGAGCACCCACAGCGGGCAGAAACCAUACAAAUGUGCCACAUGUGGCAAGGAUUUUACACAGAAGAGUAACUUAAUGCAACAUCAGUAUGUCCAUUCUGAGCAAAAACCUUAUAAAUGCACCAUGUGUGACAAGAGUUUUACACAGAAAAGUGCUUUGGUAAAUCAUCAGAGCAUCCACAGUGGGCAGAAACCAUAUAAAUGUGCCACGUGUGGCAAGGGUUUUACACAGAUCGGCAGCAUGAGACGACACCAGUAUGUCCACUCUGAGCAGAAACUCUAUAAAUGCACCAUGUGUAACAAGAGCUUCAGACAGAAGAAUGCUGUGAUAAGUCAUCAGAGCAUCCAUACGGGGCAGACACCGUAUAGGUGCACCACAUGUGGUAAGGGUUUUACACAGAAAAGUGCUAUGCUGUAUCACCAAAGCAUCCACACUGGAGAUAAACCGUAUAAAUGCACCACGUGUGAUAAAAGUUUUAGGCAGAAGAGUGCUGUGAUUAGUCAUCAGAAUAUCCAUACUGGACACAAACCCUACAAAUGUGCCAUAUGUGCUCAUCUGACAAUUGAAAGUAAGUUACAGAUUGUUAGAACCUAUUCAAAUGGCAUUAAAAUGAUAUUUGGUUUUGACAAAAGUGCAAAACUACUGCUUAUAGCAGGAAAACUGAAUCAUCUAGAAAACAUCGGUCUUGGAGUGGAUGGUGAGCUAAAACAGUUGGAACAAGUAUUUAAAUAUCUGGAAGUAGAUGAAGGGUCAGCAAUCCAGUAUGAAAAAAAUGAGAACAAAGCUUAG